AGGAACGCCCACUACCGAAAAGAGACUUAACCCUCCCAUUUUGGAAGUGGUCGUCCAAUCCCGUUCCCCUGCGAAUGAUUGUACAAGCCAUGGGUUUAAAAGAGAACCGCAGUCAAUGGAAAUCCAACAUUACGUUACAACACAGGAGGGGAUCACUCUGCACGUGCAUCUUCUAAUAAGCAAAUGUAAACUAGACUAAACGCGCACACAGAUACACAAUGGUUAGCCUCAAGCCUUUAACGACAGAAUGUUGGAGGAAUCUUCACGGCGCACGGCAGCUGUUGGUCAAUUUACGCGCUUUACACAAGUCCGCGACGAGCGAGGCUCUGGGGAUCUCCGCAGCUGGACAGGCGGACAUGCCCGAGAGGCUCCUUUCACCGAACACAGCCCGCGGCAGCAACGUGGAAAAGACUACCCUGAAGAGUCUGAAGGAGAUGCCUGGCCCCAGCACUUUGUCUAACCUAAUCGAGUUCUUCUGGAGGGAUGGUUUUGCCAGAAUACACGAAAUCCAGUUGGAGCACCAGAAGAAGUAUGGGAAAAUCUUCAAGUCUCGCUUUGGGCCACAGCUGGUGGUCUCAAUUGCGGACCGUGAACUGGUUGCCCAGGUUCUGAGGGCAGAGGGCGUGGCUCCACAGAGGGCCAACAUGGAGUCCUGGAAGGAGUACAGAGUCAUGAGAGGCCACUCAACUGGACUGAUCUCGGCUGAGGGGGAGGACUGGCUGAAGAUGCGCAGUGUCCUUAGGCAACUCAUAAUGCGACCACGGGAUGUAGCAGUUUUUUCUGAUGAUGUGAACAGUGUUGUGGAUGAUUUGAUUAAGAGACUUGACAUUCUGUGCUCUCAGCAGCCUGAUGGAACCACUGUCUUAAAUGUGAAUGAUCUGUUCUUUAAAUACGCCAUGGAAGGUGUGGCAGUUAUUUUGUACGAGUGUCGACUUGGCUGUCUGCAAAAUGAGAUUCCAAAAGAAACACAAGAUUACAUAAGUGCACUACACCUCAUGUUCAGCACUUUCAAGACAACAAUGUAUGCUGGGGCGAUUCCCAAAUGGCUCAGACCAAUCAUUCCAAAACCGUGGGAGGAAUUCUGUCACUCCUGGGAUGGCCUUUUCAAAUUCAGCCACAUUCAUGUCAGUAAGAGGCUUUCCCAAAUCAAAGCCCAGCUGGAGCGCGGAGAGGAAGUUAAAGGAGGGAUGCUCACACAUUUGCUUGUCACAAAGGAGAUGACCAUGGAGGAGAUCUACGCCAAUGUGACAGAGAUGCUACUAGCUGGAGUUGACACGACGUCUUUCACCCUGUCUUGGGCCACUUAUUUAUUAGCACGUUAUCCACAUGUACAGCAACAGAUCCAUGCAGAAGUGGAGAAAACAUUAGGACCCAACACAGUGGCUUCAGCUGAUGAUGUCUCUCAACUGCCACUCAUCCGUGGUCUGGUCAAAGAGACACUCAGGCUUUUCCCAGUUCUCCCAGGCAAUGGUCGCAUUACUCAAGAAGACCUGGUGGUGGGCGGAUACUUCAUCCCUAAAGGGACACAGUUGGCCCUCUGUCAUUACUCAACAUCUCUGGAUGAGGAAAGCUUUGUGGAUGCUACAGACUUCAGACCAGUUCGCUGGGUAAGAAAAGACACAACGGACCAUGUCGACAAUUUUGGCUCCAUUCCUUUUGGCUAUGGCAUCAGAAGCUGCAUUGGCAGGAGAAUCGCAGAGUUGGAAAUGUACCUAGGUCUCACAAGGAUUAUUCAGAAGUUUCGCAUUGAGAUGUCACCGAAGACUGAUGAUGUCAAAGCCAAAACCCAUGGCUUGCUCUGCCCGGGUGCCCCCAUAAACCUAAAGUUUGUUGAGAGGGAAUAUUAGAUGGACACCUUUGUAUACAUUUGCUGUUAGUUGUGUUGAUAUAUUUUGAUAGAAUUGUUUUUUAGAUAUUUCAGUGCUGACUGAAGAGUUUUCUCAGCAGUAAAUUAUUUUAACCUCCCUUACUUUCUUAUAAGCUGGACUGAAAAGUGUAGCUUCUUUUGUAUGUAUAUUUGUACUAUUAGAUGAAGGCAAUUUUAUUCUUUCUUUGCAACUACCAUUAGUUAUAACUGAAAUAAGGAAUGGGCACAUCCUAGUCAAUCUAUAAUUAUUUUUUUUUUUUUAACCUUUUUCUUUAAAAAAAAAAACAGCCAGAAAAAGCAAAAAAAAACCAACAAAACUUCAUACACCGCUCAUACAUAUUUUCUAGAGAAUUUCCUCCAUUGGUGUAAACAGACUCUCAGAGGGUAUCAGCAAAUGUAUUAAAUGAAUGUAAUGUAUGUAUAUUUAUGAGCUUUUUCAUAUCCCUAAAAAGUUGUAUUAAGUUGCAUCUUAAGAUGUUUGAAGGAUAUAAAGUAACUUGAAAGUAAUAGAUACACAGAUAAGAUAAUUUAUAGUUUAUCUGUAGAAAUAACAAAUACAAAAUGUGGAUUUGCUUCACAAAUUUACCAGAAUCAGUGUUUCUCAAACUAUUCACAUCAUAUGGUGUCCAAUAAAAUCUAUAACUUUCAAAGUAUGACCACCAUAUUCAAUACUCAGCCCUCUAAAACAGAAAUACAAAUGGGUUAAACUCGGCCUAAAACUGAUCUAACGCCUAAAACCUGGCUUCUUUAUUCAAAACAAGGCCUAACUCAAAAGUGUGAAAAAAAAAACCAAGAAUAUAAAAGUUAAAAAAAUAAAUAAAUAAAAGCUUGUGCACCACCAGAGUUUGAGAAUCACCAAUCUAAAUCGAGGAAAGCCACAUCAUGAUGUAUAAUGUAUGUGUGAAAGGACUGUCGGAGAGAGGAGAAAGUACUUGGAUUAUGAGUUUAUGACAAUGAAGGAAAAUGUAAAUAGGUCUGCUGUAUUAGUACAGUAUUAUGUUGGCUAUCAUACACUUCGCUCCAGCAAAACCAUAAAACAAUAAAAGCGAUCAACCAAUU